AUGGAAGGAAUGAACUUCAAACGGGCUGUUCCUCAAUUGACAAAAAUCACACGGCUUGACUCGUCCGGGAAUGGAAAAUCGCCUGACCAAGUAAGUGGGUUUAUUUUCGAUUCAUUAGUGUGUGGUGUGAAGGUUUUAGUCACUGAUCUCGUUAUUAAACUGAAUAGAACAAUUGGGUUUAAUUGAGAAUUGAAUACCGAUUGUUUAUAAAGACCCGGUCAAGCGAGAAUGAAUUUCUAUGGAGCUAAUGAAGUUCUGCUAAAUCUCAUCGCUGCGGAACACACAUGGUUUGUUGCCAAAAGCAUUGUUACAAUCUUGGAUAUAAGUCGUGAGACCAUUCCAGCCAAUAUACUGCAAAGUUAAUACACAUUGACAAAACAAACUCCCCCCCCCCAAGUUCAAUAUUGUAAACAGCGCCGAAACAACUUUUGGCAGUUUAUCAUGACACAACAUUGAGUUGGGAGAGCGGGGGCUUAACAAGGGCCACAUGAUUUAACAUAAAUAAGGGUAUGCUAAUUUUGUAUGGAGGGAAAGAUCUCAACUAAUUUUUUUCAAGUUAUGGUUGGUCUGGUAUCAUGUAUCUACACUAUGGCUGAUCAGACGAAUGAUGGAUACAGCCAUAGGCGUACCGGGCGGGGGGGCGGUAGCCCCCCCAGUUUUUUGGGCAGUCGGGCAAUAUGCGAUCAACAGUCGGGCAAUUUUGGCUUGCAAUAAAAAAAAUGGGACAAAUUCUGUCAAUUUUGUCUAAAAUUAAGUCAAUUUUUUGGCAAAUUUUGCGAUUUUUCGAAAAUUUGUGUUAUGUUCCGAAAAAAAUUGGUUGACCGGAAAAAUUUUUUUGAUACUAGUCGGGCAGAAUUCGAAAAGUCGGGCAAUUUUCUUUCCGCCCCCCUAAUUUUUUCCUUCCGGUACGCCCAUGGAUACAGCUAUUUCAAUUAAGGUUGUCCACGAGCAAAGCGGAAAAGUCGAAUACGAGCGCGAAAGGCUGCUGGGAAUCGUUAACAAAUUAAUGAAUUUUCAAAGCGGUUCCCAGCAGCCUUUCGCGCUCGUAUUUGACUUUUCCGCUUUGCUCGUGGACAAGCUUAAUUGAAAUAGCUGUAUAUCCGCUAAUGGUUCACGCAUACGCGAUCUAAUGCGCGAACCACAGAGUCCUAUGAACGAGUUUAGAAAUUAAUCACCUCGUCCACAGGUCCUCUCAGCCUCGCGCGACCUACACACGGAACCGUAAGUGUAAAAAAAGCUUGCAGUAGUUUCUAAUGCGCAUGCUCGUGAAUUGAUAGCGCUGUCUCAACGCUGAGUUUAAUAUACAGCAAUCUCGUUCCCAGAGUAUGCCUGUUUGCGGGUUAGGUCAUGCCACAACCUAACCCGCGAACAGGCAUACUCUGGGAACGAGAUUGAAUAUACAGUAAAUACUGUCAGCCUGCGUAGCAGGUGGUAUUUCUACAGGCAGCGAAAAUUAGGGAGGCAAAGGUAAUUUCCUACGAACGAUGAAACUCAUUCCAACGUAAGGUUCAACCGACGCCAAGAAUUUGCAUCCAAGGCGCAACCUGUUGCCACCAAAAGUAGUGAGUAAAAUUUCAGUAAUUUUUUGGUAACAUUUGGUGUUUGAAUCGUAUGGCUUGUGUAAUAGCCUAGCCUGCAAAACCCGCUGAUUUCAAACAUGGAUGGGAAAUCGCAUUAUUGUUUUUGAUCAAAACAAUUACCUAAUACUAAUACAAAUGAAUUAUCAUAUUUUACGUACGUCAGCAGGACCGCGCUAACCCGGAGUCUGACUGAUCAAUGGACUAAUUAAUAAAAAACACCACAUCAGGCCCAUGUAUUAAUCUUUUCUUCAACUUUUCAAGUCCAGGGUCAUAGCUAUGACUAUGACAGCAGUUUCACUAGUAAUAAAAUUCUAAAAAAAAAAUCGCAUUUCUAAUUCGCUAUUUACAGUUAAAACAAAUUGAAAAUAGUUAACACAUUUGAUGAUUUGAGUUCAGAUCCCAACUCAAAUGUAAAUAAAAUUUGAAUAACACCUUUUUGUUUUUAAAGCAAUCAGAAAUACAAAUAAUUCAUCAGGCAUCACGCACAAAGACUACUGAAUUUGGAAGAAAUAUCGUAUUCGGUAUUCUCUUUAUUUUGCCCCCUGGCCAAGGGGUCGAGACCAACUUUAAUAAAAUAUACACUUUACUACUUUUUACGAAACGAAAUUUUUUUGUGUCAAACUCAGUCGUAUAUUAUUUAUGUUGCAUAUUAAAAAGCGUCUGUUUUCAUAAAACAGUGAUAUAAUCGUCUUCUUUUAUAAGACUGUAAUUAAUAUUGACUGUAAAGUCUGUAAUAUUUCAACUCGGACUUUUUUCAAUUUCGAAUUGCUCCAGAAAAGUUACAACAUUUUUGUUUUACAAUUUACAGUAAAUGGAUAAGAACGUACUGUAUUUGUUCUUAAAUGUUGCAUUAAAGCCCUGUAUUUUUAAAAACAGCUAUGUAUAUUUUACGAAUUCAAAACGCUAAUUUUCCAAACAAAAACUUGUAUAAUUGCUUUCCAUUGUGUUGUAAAUUGCCUAUGUAUCCGGUGUCCCCCCCCCCCCUGGUUCUUUCCGGCUGGCGAGUUUAAAUUACAUUUGACAGGUUACACUUGAGAAAAGGGGGAAACAUUACAAAACACGGCAGCACGCAGCUCGAAUUUCAGUCUUAAAUCCAAACCUGUUCUUUCAAGAAAGGGCUAGCAAGACGGAUUAGAAGGUAUUAACAAAGCUCAACAAAUAUUGACCUAGGGAAUUUUGUUAGUUUUUGUUCGUGGGUUGUCGUGAACGGGGCUCAAUAUUUUCGUAUUGUGUUUGUGUUUUAUAGCGAGUUGUGGUGGACAGGGAUAAUCCAAGGAUCCUUGACGAGUGCUCUGAACGUCCUGCUCAAAACCUGCCACCUUCCGGACUCGAAAGGUAAGCCUCUUGAGGAGAAAUUCUGAAAUUUUGAACUUUUUAAAGCGCACUUGUUGAUGUGAAAUAUAAUACCAACAAACAGGACACCGGUAGUUUUACAUGAGGCGCUAUAUAUUAAAACAGUUCACUUUCAAAUUUAUUGCCACACAUAACUCGUAUAAUAUUAAAGACAUACACUUAUGGAAAAGUCAACCAAGCAUUAAUAUUUCAACAAAUUUCAGAUUUAAUAAAUCUUGUUAAUGCUUGUGGUUUGUAAAUUAAAAAAACUCGAACAAACUGUGAUUUGUUAAUGAUAUUGCUCUGACCGCUUGACCCGUCCUAUUUCAAAACAAAAAGCGUCUGAAAUCCACAACGUGGCGAAGCUUGGCUACAAUGAAUUCGCUAUUUUGUAAUUUCAUGUGUCGGAUUUUUGGUUUAAAAAGUGAACAUUUUUCGCACUUUUACACAAACGUGUAAUAAUUUAUAAUCGAAGCGCGUCGUCGCGGCUUGCAAUUAGUGCUUAUCUUUUAAACAAAAGGUUAUCAAGUCUGUUAAUUGCAACAUCUGCUUUCUGAUAGAUUGAAAAUUGAAAGCCUGUGAAUAAAUUUUGCGUUACAUGGCGCCAAGGGUUUUUUAUUUUCGAAAAGUUGGCUUGUGUUUAGAAAAUGUUAUUUUUUUAUUUAUGUGUGAACUGGAGGGGGGGGGGGCGGAGGGAUGGAAAAAUUGGCAACUAUAGAUGAACAACUAUUAAUCAAAACUUAUUGGGGGGGGGGAACCCCACAACGUUCAAAAAGCAGAAAAAGUCAGUCCCGAUUUUCAAUUUGAACCGACAAGAGGAGAGCUCAUUUUCAAUAUUUUAUAAAUAUGUCAAUAUCAACCUGAGGACUCACAAUGCAGCAUUUGCAUAUUUCUAUGCUAUUGCAUAUUCACAAAUGUCUGUUGCAGACCAGGAAAGUCAGUCCCAGAUAUCAUCCCAACCCCUCAGCAAUUUGUUGAAUAUGUGCCCCUGAAUGUCUGUUACGAAUUUUCGUGCCAGAAUAGUGUGCCGUUUAUCCGCCAAUGCAAUGUAACCUCACUAGACGAUUGGUUGUUCCAGAAAAGAUUCACAAUCCUCCCACAGAGGAAAAUUCUGCCAUCCAGAGAGGGGGGGGGGGAUAAUUUGUUUGUGGUAAUAGUAACUGUAUUAGGACAUCUGAAGUAGGUAGGGUUAACUUCCAAUUUCUUCAGCAGGGAGGUAUGGAAAUGUUUUCUGGGAUAACAUAUAAUAUAAUAAUAUGACUGUUCAAUGACUGUUCAUUGUCAUCAGUCUUUGCAAUUUUUCAAUGGCAAUUGCUGCAGAUAAUGCCUCCGAAAAUGAAGUUACCGACAGCAAUUUUCUGCCGAUGAAAUUUUUGUGGCCACUACUACCUUCCCAUGGAAAUCAGAAAAGUUUCCAUGUCUAUAAACACAAUUUGAUUUAAAAAUAUUUGUUUUAGGUUAAAAGAUAUGAUAAGACUCGCAUUUAUUUUACCAUUUCAUGGCACCUGUGUUGCCCCAAAAUUCUGACAUGAAACUUCAUUAUUUGAAACACUAAUUUAUUUGAAGCACUAUUUGAAAAUUCAAACUUGCUCAGAGGCAAUCGAACUGAAAGUUAGUUGAACCUGAAAGCUGGUUCCAAUUAUACUGAAUUUCUGUUGUGGAAUAGACAGUAUGUUUUUAUCUAAUGUGCUUUUAUCUUUGUUAGAAUGAUCAGGCGAUCGCCUCAUGCAUCUUCGUUCAGAAAUUAUACUCCACCAAACUUUACUGCUCGACGUCACUCAGAUGGCUCAUUCCCAUUCCUGCCAAAACCAAAUAGCAGAGUCAUGUGAGUACCACAGUAUUACUUUGUGUGUGUUUAGAUAUUUUGGGAUAUGCAUGAAACAUUGCUUGUUCAUAACAUAUAACAUAGCUUUAUAAUUAUAAAGUCUAAAAUGAUGGAGAAUUUUUAGUUCUUACAGUUGUGAAAUAAGGGGGGGGGGGGUGAGCAGCUUCAUAUCCCUCCUCCCUCCUUUCCAUUUUACCUCCAAACUCCAACACCAAUUUGCUCAAAUUCUCCACAAUUUCCCCGUGUUGUCCCACCAAUUUUCUUUCAAAUUGGCCCCCACCCAUCUUUAGAACCUCUCACCAAUUUACCACCCACCCCCACCACACAUCCCCCACCCCCAUUUCCCCCUCCUCACUCCUCCUAUCCCACCUACACAUGAUAUUUGAACCCCCAGCUAUUGAACAAACAGAAAAUUAAAAGCAAAAAUAAUAAAAUCAUUACAAACAAAGAAUUAUAAGCGUGGAGGAAAUCCCACACUCAAAAACAACAGCGUGGUAAUCAUUAGCGCUUAUUAGCCUUAGCUACAAAGUUCCUGGUUAUCAGUGUUCCCUUUCUUCUUUAACGAGUAGUUUGUUCUUGGUACAAAUUGCAUGAUUAAACCUCUGACUCCUCUUGACCUUCUUUUGGAUGUGCAGUGGAUUCUUGUGAAGUAGCUGGAUUAGCUGAGCGCAUUUGACCACUUUAAACUGAAAAUUUGCAUUGGCAUUUCUGACUUGAAUCAAUCUUCCUGUUUUCGUGUAUAAAGGCGGUUACAAACUUAAUUAUGGCUUCUUCUACCUUCCCGAUAUAUCAACCAAGCAAACCUCAGCUUUAUAUUAUAUGUCAGACUCUUCACUUCUCUUUCUUUCCGAUGAUUUUUCAUUAUUUCAACUAGCGAACACCUUAGACGCGGCGCACGUAUUUUGCAAACCUCAGAUCUCUUAGCCAUCAUUAGAAUAUGGAUUGCGGAAUAUAUUUUGUCUACACGUGCCAAUUGACGUAUUGCCAUAUUAAUACCUUGAUUCCUGCCUAGACUGUCUAUGUUGGCCUUUUUUCGAUAUAUUCCUUCUAUAUUCCUUCUUGACAAGUUGUAUUCGUUGUUUGUACGGCAAAACGUCUUAAGGAUAAAUCUUACUGAAAUGAAAUCCUUAGAACUUACCUUGGAAUGAAAAUAUCGGUAGAUUUGUUGCUAAUGCUAGCCAUAUUUGUAGAUAUGCUAUUUAUUUGAAUUAAUGUACUAUACAUGCAGUGCUAACAGUGGCACCUAUUAAGACAAUCCUUAAAACGGAUCUUAAAAAUGUGUUCCCCGGGGUGAUUCGCGCGUAUCGUUAUAAGGGAAUGUAAUAUAUGCCGCUCAAAAUGCGCUCGUCUUUUGGAACUAAGUCAGCGUAUCGUGUUGAACAUCAACAUUAGUUUAGACUUACAGUAUUAAACAGUACAGGGCCGUGACCGUUUGUUCUAGAGUCUUAUAGUGAGCCGCAAUAUAUUAUGCGCGGUUGUGUACUUUUGAUAUUGACAAUAAUGCAUGAGACAGCAUUGUCAGCUAAUAUAAGUCCUCGCCCAGGAAGUGCCGGUUUAAUAUACAAGGGAUUUUCAUUUUUAUCUGCAAGUGCAAGUAAGAUUUCUAUUUCGGGAUAGGAAGUUUUACUCGCCAAGCUUAACUUACAGUUACUGUAGUAACUCCAGACGAAGGGCCUUGGCUCGAAACGUCCAAAUUCUCCUUAUAUACUUAGGUAGUUGAAUCCCUACCAACGAAAAAAUGUAUAAUUCUUGACACAUUUUUCUUGACAAUAUUCGUUGACAAGGUAUUUUAUCUCCUAUAUAUAUGUCAAAACAUUGGCAAGUUUUCCGUAACAAAGUUUUCCAUGACGAAUCUCUUUGGAUACAUCUAGUCGUGUCAGCUUUUCAACUAAGAGACUGACUGGAGCUGUCGAUACUUACUUUCAAAAGUAUAUAUAUGCUUUAUUAAAGAAACUUUGCAGUAGCAAAAGCAAGCUGAAUUACGUUAUCAUACAUUAGAAAGAUUUACACUAUAUAUACAGACAAAUAAUGCUGAAUAGUAAAAGGUAUGUAGCUUUUCUUAAACCGUUCUGUUCGGCGUUUAACUAGUGAUAAAUUCCGCUUUUGUCUCACUAUGAAGUUGUAAGUUAUCGGUUCUCUUCGGUAAGAGUUCAGAAAGUUGAUCUGAUUAUUAAUAUAGUUAAUUUCCUAAAAAACUUUUAACAAAGAUUAUCUCUUUUUGUCGAGAGAGAAUUAAGACCACUUUUGGACUACCUCUAUAGGGAGAACAGUUUAGAACUGAUAGAAUAAAGUUAGUUUCGUUUAGAUUUCCUCCCGUAGUAACAAUGUAACAUGCACUUGACUAUAACUAAGUAUGGCCUUCACUGAAUCUUAAGAGUGAUAGGAUUAUAACCAGUAUAAAUACAUUACGUUCUUACUCGACCAAUGAAGAGAACAGUUUAGAAUUGAUAAGCUUAGAUUUCUCCCUGUAGUAACACUGGAUCAGGAAGGGAUAAUCCUUACUGGACCUCUAAGGAGAGCAGUUUAGAACUGAUAGAACUAUCCAGUAUAAAUAAAGUUAGUUUAGUUUAGGUUUCCUCCUGUAGUAACACUGGAUCAAUAACAGAUGAUCCUACUGGACCUCUAGGAAGAGCAGUUUAGAACUGAUAGAGCUAUCCAGUAUAAAUAAAGUUAAUUUAGUUUAGGUUUCCUCCAGUAGUAACACUGGAUCAAUAAGAGAUGAUCCUUACUGGGCCUCUAGGGAGAACAGUUUAGAACUGAUAGAACUAUCCAGAAUAAACAGAAUUAGUCUGUCAAUAUACACAGGAGCAACUAGAAAUUUUAAUUAAAAUGUUUCAAGGAAAAGGGAUCUGUACAACCUACGGGGGUUUACCUUUGAGACUGUUUCAUUUCCUCUGCCACCCCAUUGUACGUAUAUCAUUGUGUGUCGCAACGUGUGUGGGUGUGACGUCAUAAGAGCUCCUUCCGCUCUUGUGGAUGGGUGGUAUAAUUUAACAUAAAAGGCCUUUUUUAAAGUUUGAUUAUUUAAUGAAUUAUAAGAAUAAGACAAGGUUUAAAUUGAAGUGUACACAAGUCUUGUGAUUCAAAGAUAAGGAGUGUGAAAGAUACAGCUAGCUUUAGUGGAGUGUGUCGUCUCGUAUAAUGCCAAUGCUUAAACCAGGGAUGAAACGUGAAGCGAGUUUUGUAUCGUGGACCUCUACAAAGAGCGCCAAAAGCAGUAAAAGGUCAGGAACUUACAGUGGUCUAUAUUAGCAAUGUUGUUGUUUGGCCAAGUGUAGGGUAAUCCGUGUAAUUAAUGUUCAAAUUAUGAACUAGGUUUUGUCUGUUAUGGAGGUGGGGUUUAGGAGUAAUAUUUGAUGUCCUUGGUGUACGAAAUGCGUAUAAAGUCUUGGUAGUCAGCUAUAGUGUUGGUAGUAUUCUACAACAAGCUGCCGUGAUUUGUGUUUGAACUGCCUAAAUUUAGGUAGUUCGAACGGAAUCCAUUGCUACCAAGCGCCAAAGGUUUCCUCCUGAAGUAACAGUGGCCAAAUAAGGAAUAAUAGUCCUUACUAGACCUCUACUCCAGGAGGGAACAGUUGAGAAGUGACUGAACUAAAUAGUAUAAAUAAAGUUAGUUCUUCCUGUUAUAAUACUGCUGUACUUCUAUAAAGAUAUAUGUUCAUGCAUUGCUGGACCUCUAUGGGAAUUACAGUUUAGAACCAAUAUAAGAAAUAUUUAGUAUAUUAAGUAAGUAAGUAAGUUAGUUUCGGUUUCCUCCUGUAUAGUAAUACCAGAGAUAGUUAAAGAUGAUCCUUACUGGAGCUCUAUGAAAAACACAUAAGAGAUUAUCCUUACUGGACCUCUAGGAGGAAGUGUGUAGAACUGAUAGAGCCACCCAAUGUUAACAUGCAAAGUUAGUUUCGUUUUAAUUUUGUUGCCAAUGCUACAAGCCUAUUAAAAUGUUUUAGGGUAAUUAUUCAGUGUAAUAGUUAGGCUUAUCAUUCAAUGUAAAUACAAGGAGGCGUUGAAAAAAUACAUUUUUCACAUCUCAGAGGAUGAUUCUCUAAUAAGUAUUUUAAGUACAUAUGCCACACGUCGCGGAAUUCAAGAAUAUUUUGACACUGCCGGACACUCGAUAAUAUAGUGAUGAUGCGAAUUCAAGACGCCAGAUACCUGUUUCCGCGCUCAUUUGUUUUUCCCUCAAAUCUAAUGCUAAUUUUCUCAGUUCAAAGGAUUUCAGUAUUGAAAAUAACCUUGUAAUUAAUCCAUUAUCUUUUCGAGACUUUUUGGCAACUUUGAGGUUGUUGUUUCAGUGAUUUUCUAGUGUUUUCGGGAAGUGAUAAAGGCUAACCAAAGCCGUAUAGGCGUUCUGUUUGUCGGUGGGGUUUCGUGGGGAUACCGAAUCUCUUUAUAUAGAAAGUUGCCAGUACGUCUGUCUAGGGGGAAGUAGUUUGGUUUUAUAUGAAUGGGGGACGAUUACAAGACAAUUUUGUCUUUAUUAAAGCUUUAUUUAAUAUCUGGUGUCAUUCCAAACCGCUAUUGUGAUGUGUAUCUGUAAAAUUAGUGAUCAAAGGUAUUCGGAACUCUUGCCAAAUUUAAGCAUAAAUACUCCCGUGUGUCUUUGUAUUACCAUGACUUCACAGACGAAUGGAUUACCUCGCGCUCUCCCGCGUUACAAAUAUUGACUACAUGAUUAGCAAAGGUGUAGUCCGAAAUGGGGAGUCAUAGUUACUGAACAGGCGGCCAGGAGCGGCUUAAUGAGCCUUCUACUCGAUCAAGUUGUGCUGCGUUCCUGGUAAUUCAAGUUCGCUGUCAGUAAUCUCAAGUUCGCUUUGCAAGUAAGGAUGAUAAGCACAGUUGCCUAUAUGGUGACUAAUAUAUAUCGUGCAUAUCGCAUCCGAUUCAUUGGAUAUCUUGAGCAACUGCAUUCGAGGGCCCUUGUCACAAAUGACGAGCUUGCCACCGGUUACAACACGCAUGCCGGACGUAAAGGAAUGAAAGAAACGACACUAAAAGCCUUCCAAUCUGAUAGAAACAACUGUUUAGACCGGUUAGCUACAACCAAUCAUCUAACAUUUAAACAGUUGAAGACGAGAAAAUGUUAUUUCCCUAAACCAUGAAUGAUUGAAUGAAUUCUUUGCUGGAUGACACUAGAUCUUGAAAAGGGGGGGGGGUUAUCGGAAUCCUGAGGAACGCCUUAGCAAGAAGGCUGAGGAACAUUUUAAAGGGAGAAUCUGUCAUAAGAGAAUCUUAAAGAAUUAUUAUAUCACACUUCUUUAUCUGUCUGGGAAAGCACGGCUCGGACAUGAGAUUCAAUCUCCAUAACGGUGAGGGCCCCUACUCUCACCCUGAUGUUGUUUCUGCAGCUUUUCUAGGGGCCUUACCCUCAAGAAACCGCAAUUUCCGUCGCCUAAAUUUGAGAUUAUGAAGUUCGUUCAAUGCAAAGGACUGAAUGCAUUUGUGCAUUAGUAAGGCUAAAUUGGACAAUUGGUUGGAAAUUAAAUACAGCAUGUAAAUCGAUGUUUGUUUAACUUUGUUUAACCAAUUUUAACCUUUUUAACAUUAUUAAUAUUUUUAUCCAUAACUGUAUAUAUCUAGUUAUUACCUUAUAGAUAUCAAUAAUUUUAUCUUAUAUAUUUUUAUAAUGUAAACUCACAGACGGGUGUUCUUGAGUAUGAAUAAAGACUGUUAUUAUUAUUAUUAUUAUAAGGCACUGCAUCUCCAAAUACCCGCGUCCCCUUUGUAUACCCUUCACUUUUCAUUCAGACUAUAGUGUUCAAUGGCUAGUAAUUGUCGAUUUCAGGUAACUUUUCAACACGCUGUUCCCAAGUUCGUUGCGAACUUGCCAAUUCCGUUGUAAGUUCGGAAGUUGGGCGUGAACCUCGCAACGAAGUUCGCAAGUUCAUUUCAAAGUUCGAACUUUGAUUGUAAACAAAUGUUCAUAGUUGGAGUUGAAAUUACUGUAUAAGGCCCUAUGCACAUAUUACUGCAGUAAAAUAUUGGUCCAGUGGUCUUCCAAGACGAAAAUGCCUUUUUAAGUAAAUUUAUAAAUGAAAUUUUUACAUUUGUUUACAAUAGAAGUUCGAACUUUGAAAGGAACUCGCGAACUUCGUUGCGAAGUUCCCGCCCAACUUCCGAAUUUUGAAACGUAAUUGCAUGGCAAGUUGACAACAAACUUGGGAACCGCGCUCUGAAAAGUAAUCUGAAAUCGACAAUAACAAAAGCGAUUCUUUUCUUUGCUGCAAAAGGUCUGCCUUGGCGUCUACAUUAGGGGGAAAUUUUUAAAACACAAGAUAUUUGAUAUUGGUGUAUAAUCUCCACGGGGUGUAUAAUCUCCAUGCGACGUUUCGCUUGUGAUGCAUAUACCUGCGCGUGAUCUAAGGGCGGCUUUAGCAAGGGAGGAGUAACACCACCCUGCCGCGUAUAUGCCACCCCUAAGACUAUACAACCCGCCAAUAUCCCCUAUCUUAUCAAUUAGUUUCACCGCUCGGGCCUCUUGCUAAGUCGUAUGUCUAUAUAUGGCAUGAUUGACCAAACAUUGCGCACUGCACACGCAAACCAAGUACCCUUGCUUCCGUGAAUAAAUGUUUAUUAAAUCUAUGAAAUUCUGCCAUUCGAUUGGUCCAGCUCUCCUGUAUCUUAUCUCUGAUUGGCCAAGGCGAACAUGUCACUUUUAUUUUUAGAAGUCCUUGAGUUCACAUGUAUGUGUGUGUUUCUUGUCCUCGUGUCCUCCCGUCGUUCCGUUAUGUCAAUAUUUCACCGUCUGGAUAUUCUUUUGUGCGUUCAUUUGAGGAUUUCGUCUUUGUAGGAAGCAGUUUCGGUAGAAUUUAAGAGAAAAGUUAUAAAUUCACCAAACUAGAGUUUAAGUAUCACGUGUUGGUUAUAAUUGGACUGUGCAAUCCUGGAAUCUGGAAGCAUACAUUCCUAGUUAUCUGGAUUAGAAUCGUGAAUUUGCCCUGUUAAAAGGCUGUCUACGUCAUAUUUAUCGCUUAUCUGUUGUGUUCCCCUCUAUCCACCGUGUGCAUCGUCUAUACAUCUGCCGUAUUCUUAGCUCGUGUCGUGAAAUAUUUAUAAAAGGCGGUAAAUAUAUACAUCGGAGGUAUAUAUCUUCAUAUCACCCUGGAGUGCCUAGUGGAGGUUGUCCCAGUGAGAACUAUGUCUAUUCGAAAUUCCAAGUCGUCAAAGGCAAAGUCACCAGGUUCAGCGAUGCAACGUCGCAGUGUCAAAUUGUAAGAUAUAUAGCAUAUGUAUAUAUUUAGAAACUUUUGAGUGGAGGGGAGGUAUACUGCGGGUCUUGUAGCGUGAUUGUAGUUCUUUAGUAAGUUUUCAACCAUGAAUAAUAUAGGGAGAAACUUUAAUUAGUUGAGCUUGGUCCUCAGCUAAGGUGGAAAUCUUUACAUAACUGAAUGUCCUGGUGUGUAGAUCCCAUCUUGUGAAAUGCAUGUCUUUUUGCCUUUCAAUUUGUGGUAGAUUCUUGCCAGCGUAAAUUUCAAACUGUUUAUUGUCAGUGUAGACAGUGUACCAUUACUCGUUACCCUAAACUUCCAACUCUUGAUUCUCAGCAUAUAGAUUGUUCCUCUUGAAAUACAAGUCUCAGUUUCACUGAUGGUCUUAAAAGACACUUCCAUUGCCAUAGAUUCUUGCUAACCUUAAUUUUAAACCGUUGCUUGUCAGCGUAUGUAUAACAUUCCCUAGACAUUGGUUCUCCAUGUAACACUCUUGAAAAACAUGUUCUAUGCGGUAGAUUCCCGCUAAUAUAUCUAACCAUUAUCAACAGCAAAAUUUUAAUAAGAACGGAGUUAUGACAUUUCUGAGCACUGGGGGAAUUAUAUUUAAUUAUAAUGAUUUAAAUUGGAUGAUUAAAAUAUUAGUUAAAACAACAAUAUCAUUCUAAUAAGCUUUGGAUUUAUUGAACAUCUUCAAUACUGCAUUAAUAUAACUAUACAAACAACUUAACCUAACAUCUUUAUAAAACAACGUCUCUUUAUUCGUACGAGUAUUUUUUUCCUUAUCCCAUUCUGUUCCAUGCUUGCACACUUUGCCGUCAAAAGUCUUUUGUCACCGAGGCACACGCUGGUAUAUUGUUUGUAUAUAAAAAUAUUGCUUAUGCGUGCUUCUUUCUUCCAUGUAUAAUGCCCGCUUCACAAAAAAAACCAUUGAUAGACAUUAUCUUUUUACCACAGAACUAGUCUAGAGUCAGUUUGAAUCUCGUGUGAAUUUGAAGAACAAAAACCCCUUAUUCCUUAAUUAGAAAUGUAUGUGUUUUGCACAAAAGAUCUUGAUUAUAAUUUUUUUAAAGAAUCAUUUUACUCAUUGUACAAGUUUUCUGACUUAACUGUGUCAGAUUGGAUAAACUGAUAACCUAUAGGCCAAAUCCGUAAUAUUUUCACCGUAUUUUAUAAAAGGAAACUAGCUAGUUCUGUUUCACCUUGUCAGAAAUGUCUCGAAAGUUCAAGUGUUGGGUUUGGCGCCAAUCCGGAUGGGAUAUUGAAGACCAGCGUUGAAUUGAGUUUUGAAACCGACUAAAAGUUCAAUGAAACCUUUUUUGGACACUUUCAAAGGGCAUACAAACUAUAUUAUGUUAAGACUAGAUCGGCAUUCCCCUUAUUUAGGAAGUAUUAGCGCGACCCUAUAGACGAGUUUGAAUGAUUUUUCAUAUUUUUCUUCUGACCGUCGAGACGUGAAUCAGCAGUCCAAUAUCUCGAGUAGUGGCGGAUGUAUUCUCGUCUGAAUAAUUAAGUUCAAAACAUGCAAGCUGGCAAAUGUUCUAAUUUUGUUUUGACAGUUCUCGUUUUCGUCGCUUUCUUACGGAUAGAACAGAUGUUAAGCCCGGAUCAAUGAGGACGAGAGUGCACAAGGAUUGGCAGUCACGCGCGAUCCUAUUUAUAGUUUGUUCAUAAUGAUUUCACGAUUUUGACAAUACCCUUUCUUAAUGUUAUACCGAAAUCUGGUAUAUACUCGUGAUGCUCAUAUAUUAUAUGACAAAAUCCAGUAUUCUCAUGUAGAGCAUGCUCAUAUAUACCAAAAUCCAAUACCAAGAUCCAGUAUACUCAUAAUUACGUCAUGCUUGUAUAUAUAUAGGAAGAACAGCUUAGAACUUAUAGAGAUAUCCAGCUAGUAUAAAUACAGUUCGUUUAGUUUAGGUUACCUUCUGAGUUCUGUAGUAACACUGGACCAUGCGAUGGAUGAAACUUACUAAUCUCUAUGGGAAGAACUGAAAGAGCCAUCUAGUAUUAUUGGGUUUCACUACGGUAUUUUGCAGUGAAUCUGACGGGGGGUCAACCUAAAAUGUAUUGAUGCUUGUGCUGUACUGGAGUGAGCAAAUGAUACGAAAUUGCAUGUAUUCGCCACCAAACACAAGGCCCGCGACACAUACAGUGAACAAUUAAUUCACUCUGAUGAUUGUGUCUCGAUUUAGAGUUGACCCCCCGUCAAAUUUAUAACGUCAUGAAACCCAAGAAUAUAUGAGAAUAAUAUUCCAAAGUAAAAGUAAUUUCCUGUAGUUCCAACAAGUUUACACAAAUUUCUAUCCGUACAGUACCAAAGGCAAAGUUUUUUAUUUAUUCUUGUAAAUUCUUACAAAGCCCGACAUUAGUUAGGAUUGUGAUUAUAAAUUAACGAAACAAACGGAUGAAACGAAAAACGCUUGAAAAGGAUACAGUAAGUACGACUUUCAAUUGUCUCUGAACGUGAAAAGUGUUUUGAAGAGGCUAAAGAAAACCAAAGAAAAGCUGCCGUGUUUUGUCCGAAACACCAAAAUUCGUUGUGGUAGUUCAGACACAAACCACGGCAGCUUAUUGCACGGGGGUUAUACUAUUAAUACUUUAAAACUAGUUUUAACUCUACCUACAUUGGACCCACAACUUAUGGUGGUUUUAUUUUCAAUAUUCUCCAGGGAGAAGCUGACUCCUCACAGAAUACAACGUUGGUCCUAUUCAUUCCUGGAUCUACUUAGUGAUCAUGUUGGAAUACAGAUGUUCCUCGCUUUUCUCGAGAAAGAAUUUAGUGCAGAGAAUUUAAGGUAAUUGCUCGUUUUCAAUUAAUAAGCGAAGUACAGGAUUGUAUUUCAGAUUAAGAUCGGCUGCUCAUGUUUUAAAACUUGAGGUUCAAACUUAAUGUUAUAUUUCUUCACUUCGAUAAUAUAGAUUUUGGUUAGCAUGUCAAGAAUUGAAACAAACUCCACGAAUGAACGUCCCGAACUUAGUAAAUAAAAUAUUUAGGUAAGAUGUUCCGAAACGUUCAGUGGAAUGUAUUCAAUGACGCAGAGUUAUUUAAAACGAUUAAAACCACUGUCUUGCUGGUGGUAACACUGAAGCAACAAGGAGUGAUCUUCAUUGGAUCUCUAAGGAGAACAGUUUAGAACUGUUAGAGCUAUCCAGUGUAAAUAAAGUUAGUUAUAGGUUAGGUUUCCUCCUGUGGUAACACUGGAUCAAUAAGAAAUUAUCCUCACCAUGCAUGGACCUCUAGGGAGAACAGUUUAGAACUGAUAUAGAGCUAUCCAGUAUAAAUAAAGUUAGUUUAGUUUAGGUUUCCUCCUGUAGUAACAGUGGAUCAAUAAGAGAUGAUCCUUACUGGACCUCUAGGAAGAACAGUUUAGAACUGAUAGAGUGAUCCUUACUGGACCUCUAGGGAGAACAGUUUAGAAAGGACUAUAUAGAUGAUGACUCUCGCUGGAUCAUAAAAUUCAGUAUUUUCCAGUAUUUAUUUGAAAACUAAAUAUUUUCGGAGUCACCGCAAAUUUUAGCUAAACUGUUUGAUCUUAUAUUUCAGUGAUUUUCUGGACCAAGAAUCCACUCACGCCAUAAAUGUUGAUGCAAAAACCUACAAUCACGUGAAGCUAAAUCUGAGUAAUCCAUCUUAUAACACAUUUGAUGAGGCGCAGGUAUGAAGUGACUUGAUUAAGUACUUGCAUGAUUUCUCGAAGCUCUGCUUUCUCCCUGUAUUGCUUACUGUAUAUGUAGAAGGUUUGCAUUAGGUUGAAAAAUAUAUAAAACGCUUGAUUGAAAUCCACCUAUAUACUCUGUACAAUUUACUUAAUAAGGGACUGGUCAUAAAGUAACUGAUAGGGUGGCCCGCAGGGAGAAAUAGGUUUUCCAAAAAAAACCGGUGACCCUAAAAAAAUUUCAAAGCCCAUCGUAGGUCAUUGGAAAAAUUUCACGACCCAUCCUGUUGUACAUGAAUAUGUACAGUAUAGCAGUCACUUUGAUCAAACCAUGCACUGAGUGACUUUCCCAUAACUUUAUAGGACAAAUUAAUUGGUUAUAGUAUGUAUUGAGUGCAAACAGAUUAUAUGUGUUUCAUGGCCCAUCCAUUUGCACAAAAAACAAAUUCAUGGCCCACCAAAACUGAUGAAAAUAAUUUCAUCGCCCAUCCUUAUUUCCUCCGGCCCACCUUAGCAGUUACUUUAUGACCAGUCCCUAAGUGUGUAAUUCAGGGGUCCAAUAUUUGUGAGCUGCCCCGGGCGAUUUCGCCGUCUCUAAUACAAACGAAAAAUUUUCUCUUUGUUUUUGUAACGGAAAUUUGACAUUAUAAUUAUCUUACUACAGGAGAAAACCCCAACUAAUCCAACUCCUGAUCUCUUUGUAGGAACAUAUUUUUCAACUCAUGAAAACGGAUAGCUAUCCAAGGUUUAUACGCUCGGACAAAUACAAUCAAAUUCUGAAGGACACCAGUGGAAAAUCACGGAAGAAAUGA